AUUGAGCUGGACUUUUGCCGUAGAAUCGGCUGUUUCCUGUUUGUAAAAGGUCAUUAAUGCCAGCUGAUGUAAGGCGAACCCUAACCUGCACGAAACCUCAGAAGGCUGCUCGUCUUCCCGCCGCGCCGCUCUGCCCUAUACUACUUGAUGGCGAAUACCAUGCCUCGUUCUUUCCUUCAAGCGGCGGCCACCUCUGAGGAGGUUGCGCCCCCUCUGCGAGUUGUUCAGAUUGAAGGGCUGGCUGUCUUGAAGAUAAUCAAGCAUUGCAAUGAGUUCUUGCCAUCUCUAGUCACAGGUCAACUGCUUGGGUUGGAUGUUGGAAGUGUACUUGAAGUGACCAAUUGUUUUCCUUUCCCGAUAAGAGAAGAAGAUGAGGAGAUUGAAGCUGAUGGAGCCAACUAUCAACUGGAGAUGAUGAGAUGCUUAAGGGAAGUCAAUGUGGAUAAUAACACAGUAGGAUGGUACCAGUCCACAUUAAUGGGUUCAUUUCAGACUGUUGAACUGAUUGAAACGUUCAUGAAUUACCAGGAGAAUAUUCGAAGAUGUGUUUGCAUUGUAUAUGAUCCAUCAAGGUCUGCUCAAGGUGUAUUAGCUCUCAAGGCUUUAAAACUGACAGAUUCUUUUAUGGAUCUUUACCGCAAUAAUAACUUUACUGGGGAGAAGUUGAGGGAAAAAAACUUGUCAUGGGUUGAUAUCUUUGAGGAGAUACCUAUUAAAGUUUCUAAUUCUGCUUUGGCUAGUGCAUUCAUGACAGAAUUGGAGCCCGAGCUACCUGUUAAACAGUGUGAUUAUGAUCGCCUGAAACUGUCUACUGCUCCAUAUAUGGAGAGAAACUUGGAGUUUUUAAUUGAUUGCAUGGAAGAUCUUUCUGCUGAACAGAAUAAGUUUCAAUACUAUUACCGGAACCUCUCAAGGCAACAAGCACAACAACAAACAUGGCUUCAAAAACGGAGAGUGGAGAACAUGGCACGGAAAGCAGCUGGAGAAGAGCCCUUACCAGAGGAAGAUCCAGCAAAUCCAAUCUUCAAACCAAUUCUUGAGCCAUCUCGUGUAGAUAGCUACCUCAUUACAAAUCAAAUAUCGAACUAUUGCAACCAAAUUAAUGGAGUCGCAACUCAGAGUUUCAAUAGAUUGUACCUAAUGAAGGCUUUGCACGAGGACUAAAUCUAGUCUGGUUCGACGAAGUACUGGUGUAAUGAUCCAUCAUUGGAAUUUUUGUACCAGUUAUUAUAGUCUGGACACUUAAAUAGUUCAAGUAACAGCAGCUCAAAGCAAUGCUUCAAGAUUUCUACAUUCAUAGCCUUGUUUCUUGUAAAACUUGUUGUUUCAUCCUUCCUCUAACUUAUGGCACUAUUAGCUGCUCUGUUAACUUUUGAUAAUUAAGUGAUCUGCUUUUUGCGGUGAUUUGUUGGCAAA